AUGAUUCCUGCCUCAUUAUUGCUCGGUGGCAUUAUCGGCCUGGCCGGGGCCCAAUUCCCACCGAAGCCGGAGGGUGUCACCGUGCUGAAGUCUAAAUUUCACGAAAAUGUGACCAUCUCGUAUAAAGAGCCAGGAAUCUGCGAGACGACACCCGGAGUCCGGAGCUACGCGGGCUACGUCCACCUGCCGCCCGGAACUCUGGACGAUGUGAACGGAGAGGCGCAGGACUACCCAAUCAACACAUUCUUUUGGUUCUUCGAGGCCCGAAAGGCGCCCGAGAAUGCGCCACUGGCCAUCUGGCUCAAUGGCGGGCCCGGCGCGUCGUCCAUCAUGGGACUGCUUGAGGAGAACGGCCCGUGCUUCGUCAACGAGGACUCCAAGACGACGCGACUCAACCCGUUGAGCUGGAAUAAUGAGGUGAACCUUCUUUACAUUGAUCAGCCGAACCAAGUGGGCUUCUCUUACGAUGUUCUCACCAAUCUCACCGCGCAUAUGAACGAGGACGGUUACAUGGAGGCGUUCCCUGCUGACUUCAGCGACGGGAUCCCGGAGUCUGGCAACUGGACUUACCGAUAUGGUACUGCGUCGAGCCAGAACAUAUCCCAAACUGCCCACACCACGGCGCAUGCUGCUCAUUCGCUGUGGCACUUUGCCCAGACUUGGUUCUUUGAGUUCCCGUUUUACAAGCCCGACGAUGACCGUGUGAGCCUCUGGGCUGAGUCGUAUGGCGGGCACUAUGGGCCUGGCAUCCUGAAGCACUUCCAAAAUCAGAAUGAGCUGAUUCAAAACGGAACCUCGCCCGAGAAGGAUGCUCACUACAUCCAUCUCGAUACUCUGGGUAUUGUCAACGGCCUUAUUGACUUUGUCAUUCAGGGUGAGACUUGGAUUACGUUCCCAUACAACAACACGUACGGCAUCCAAGUCUUCAACCAGUCCAUCUACGAUGAGCUGAUGUACAACUGGACCCGCCCCAACGGUUGCCGUCAACAGGUGGCUGAUUGCCAAGACGCGCUGAAAGAGCACGGCCCGUUGCUUGCGAGCGGAAAGAAGAACUACACGGAGAUUUGUGGCGGUGUCACCAGCGACUGCGAGACGAAGGCUGUUGAACUUUACCAGUCAAUCGGUAACGGGUGGUACGACAUCGGGCAUCCCAAGCACGACCCCUUCCCGGCCCCGCAUCUGUACGGAUACCUCAUCGACGAAGAGGUGCUCUCUUCUCUCGGAGUUCCGGUCAACUACUCGGAAGCUUCGGGCGCUGUGGGCAGGGCUUUCAAUGAGAACUUUGACAUCAUCCUGGGCGGGUUCAGCGAGUCGAUUGGGUAUCUCCUCGACAGCGGAGUCAAGGUUCACAUGAUGUACGGUGAUCGUGAUUAUGCAUGCAACUGGGUUGGCGGGGAGAGGGUGAGCCUGACGAUCCCCUACAAGCGCUCCGAGGACUUCGCCAAGGCCGGGUACGCCCCGCUCGUGACGCCGGACGGCAUCACGGGCAUGACGCGGCAGUUCGGCAACUACAGUUUCUCGCGCGUGUUCCAGGCCGGCCACGAGGUGCCGUCAUACCAGCCCGUGACGGCGUACGAGAUCUUCAUGCGGGCUACCUUCAACCGCGACAUCGCGACCGGGCUGAUCCCGGUGACUGAUGAGCUGGCGACCGUUGGCCCUCUGGACAUUUGGCACAUCAAGAACGUGCCGCCUGCGCAGCCAGAUCCCGCAUGCUACGUGCUGAAGCCUGACACUUGCGCACCUGAGGUGUGGGAGAUGGUGAAGAAUGGUACCGCGUUGGUGAGAGAUUACUACGUUGUUGGGAGCAUUGAAGGAGGUAGCGAUGAGGAGGUUACGCAGACGAUUCAGGGUCCGGAGAAGGGCGAACAGCAGGUUUCCGAGGAGCUGUAA